AUGUCAAGAUUUCCUCUCCCUGUCAUCUCUCUUCAUCACGUCAAUCGCCGAAGCAUCGGAACAUUCGCUCCCCAUAACCGUCGUGUACAACCUUUUAUCUUGGCCGCUGUUUUCGGGAUGAUUUCCACCAUCAUCUCACUCUACAAGAAGAAGGCUCUAUUCAAAGUACCAGUUUACUCCCUCAUCCAAGUAGGGUUAAAUAGUACUAUGCUAACCUAUCCAAUUAAUAGCGACCUUAUACAUUCAAAGCCGGAAUGUCCUUCUUGA